AUGCCGGAAAGGAGGCGCCGCGACGGCGACGGCGACGGCGACGGCGACGGCGACGCAAGCGAGGCAGCGCCGUCUGCCGCUGCGUUUCGACGCUCCGUCCGCCGGGGAGUUGAUCCCCUCGGCCGCGCGACGGCCGCGCCAGCCGCCUCGGACCGCCGCUCGCCGGCUUCGACGGACCGACGUCCCCCCCCGAGCCUCACGACGACAACGACGACCGCUCCGAAGCCCGAUAGCGGCGCCCCGGAAGGACCCCUUCCUCGCCUCGCCUCCCGCGCCAUGUCGGGCGCCGACGUGGCCGCCGCCCAGGGUGGCGGCAACAACGCGAGCGAAUUCGCCGUUUCGCAGGUUCGCAAGCUCUUUCGCAUGCUCGAGGAUCCCUCCCACCAGGACGUCGCGCGAUGGGGCAAGGACGGCGACACCUUUGUCGUCGUCGAGCACUUCAAGCACAGCAACAUGUCCAGCUUCAUCCGGCAGCUCAACAAGUACGACUUCCAUAAGGUGAAGCCGUCGAGCGACGGCGACUCGUCCAACCCCAACGGAAAUAUUCUCGAAUUCAAACACCCCUACUUCCGGGCCGACAGCAAGGACGGGCUCGACAACAUCCGGCGCAAGGCUCCGGCGCCGAGGAAGCAGCCGGCGACCGAGGACUUCACCACGAGCCAGCACGUCAGCGUCAUCUCGGAGCAGCUGACGGCGACGCAGCAGCAGGUCCAGCAGCUGCAGGAGCUGUUCGCCGACGUCUCGCAGACCAACCGGCUGCUCGUCAACGAGGUGCUGACGCUGCAGAAGAUGCUCAACGCCCAGAAGCAGAGCCAGUACGAGAUGCUCAACUACCUGACGCCCUACAACGACGGCCGGAACCGAGGGCUCAUGAACCAGCCCAUGAGCGCCGCCGGCUGCCCGGCGGGCGACGUCGACGACGCCGUGCCCGAGCUGCGCCGCGCGCGCGAGCUGCUGUCGAGCGUCACGACCGACACCGUCGCCGACCGGGAGCUCGAGCGCCUGCAGGGCAUGUACGGGUCCCCGACCGAGUCGGCCGCCAUGAUCACGCCCGUCUCGAUGCCGCUCAUGCACGAUCCCAUGAACGACCUGAGCCGCUACCCCGUCUACCCCGUCGGGCAAACCGUCGGCAUCGACCCCUUCUCGUCGGACCACAUCCACAAGAUCCCCUACGCCAUGCCCAACGAGGGCGCGUCCCUGGGCGUGACGGAGGCGCCCGCCUCGUCGGUGCCGGCGCCGGCGUCGACGUCGUCGGCGCCGUCGACGCCGCUCGACAAGUCGACGUCCCUGUGGGGCCCCAAGAAGCCGCACGUCUUCCUCGUCGAGGACGACCCGACCUGCGCCAAGAUCGGCAUCAAGUUCCUCAAGUCCAUGGGCUGUGACGUCGAGCAUGCGAAAAACGGGGCCGACGCCUACACGAGGGUCAGCAGCGUCGGCCGGGAGCACUUCGACAUGAUGUUCAUGGACAUCAUCAUGCCCCGGCUGGACGGCGUGUCGGCCACCAUGUACAUCCGACAGCACUGCCCGUCGACGCCCAUCAUCGCCAUGACGUCCAACAUCCGGCCCGACGAGGUCAACAGCUAUUUUGAACACGGGAUGAACGGGGUGCUGGCGAAGCCCUUCACCAAGGAGGGGAUGCUCAAGGCCAUCAAGACGCACAUGGCCCACCUGCUGAAGGCGCAGCCGGCGGCCCAGCACGACGGCGACGGCGCCGGGUACAUGAUGGGCAGCGUGCCCUUCAUGAGCGGCAACCCCAUCAAGUUCGAGGCCUCGACGACGCCCCCGGCCGCCUCCGGCUCCGCCUGGUCCCCGGGACACCUGGCGCAGAGCGGCACCGACCAGUGGGGCGGCGGCUUCAUGAACGGGACCAACCAGUACGCCAUGGGCCGCCACGGCUACGCGGCCGCCAUGGACUCGACCUCGGGCCGGCUGUCGGACAACGACAGCCCCCCCGAGAAGCGGCAGCGGGUCAACGCGCCGCAGGGCAACUACGGCUGA